AUGUAUGACGAAGAUGGGCACGAUGCUUUCAUGGAUGAGUAUCAGGCGACUAGGAUCACCAUCACCGACCUCCACCCCAGUUCUCGAAUUUCCAAUAUUAUGGCCACCAUCCACGACAGUAUGCACCAUCUGACUUUGGUGGAAGAGGCCGUGGUGUCCGCCCCCAAUAUCGAGGACAUGGUCGUCCGUAUGACUCUCAUGGCUACUAUGGCCGAGGAAACGAAGGAUUCACUGGGUUUGGCACUCGCGGGGUUGGACGGGGGCAUUCAGAGGCUGGCGAUGGAGAGCGACUCGCAGAGGGUGGGGUGCUACGUCGACGACUUCCUAGUGAGGGCCGGGGUUUCUGAAACGUCUUCAAUGGAGGAGGAGAAUUGA